GAGCGCCCAGUCCCCCGGAAAUUCCCGUUUUCAGCAACCUGAACUUACUGAGAAGUUGAGGUUGCCUUAAAAAUUCAUGGGAAGUUGAGAAGACUUGACACCUGGGUUUUCCGAGGUGGUGGAAAGAGCUUGUUACUCGGAAACUGGAGACCUCCAUUCAGGUUGGGCUCCCUCUUGGCCAGCUGGUGACCUUGGGGCGAGUUGUCUAACCUCUCUGAUCUUCAUUUUCCUCCCCUGCAAACAGCCGGUAAUAAUGCCCACCUCACUGGGUUGUUGGGUGGAUUAAGUGGGAUAAAUUAUGUGGAGGUGUUUGGCACCGUGCCCGGCCAAAGCAAACAAGCAGUUGGCAUGAUGGGAAUUUAACUCGUUUAGAGACCCUCGUGGCUCCCAUUUCACCAGGAAAUUGGAAUUAUGAAAGCAUCUUCAGGGCCUAGUGCCAGAUUGACAGACCCUGUCUUUGUGCCCGGGAGAACCUCUACUGAAAUCUUUGGAAAAACAAUUUAGCUGAAUUGUAAUCGGAGAGCACCUUCUUUAAAAGCAGUUUUAUACAUUCAGAAACUCCAGAAGUUGGCAGUUCAGCUUGACUUACAAAAGAGCUGUUUUGCAAGAUGAUCCAUCUUGCAAGUGUUUAAGCAGAUGAUGCUUUGAAAGUAAAGCCUAGUUAGGAAGAUUUCUGUUCUAAAAAGCUCCCAAACCCAGCUUUCAGUGAUUAUUGAAAUUAGGGUUUCUUUCACAAUGUUAACAUUUGGGGUUCAAUAAUUCUUUGUUGUGGGGCCUUUUCUAUGCGUUGUGGGAUGUUUAGCAGCAUCUUUGGUCUCCACCCAGUAGAUUCCAGUAGCAGUCCCUUUCCCUCAGUUGUGCCAACCAAAAAUGCUUCCCGAUGUCCCUCCCUGUGCGGGGGCAGGGUGCAAAUUUUCCCUUUCUCCCCCGUUUAGAACCACCAUGCUUUCUGUCAUCAGCCUAUCUGAGUUGUUUGAGAAGUUCAUCUUAUGUUUUUACUCUAAUAACCAACCUUUGUAUAGACUUGUAGAACUGCACAGAGUACAUCCAUGUGCAUCAACUGAUUUAACUUUUACAACUCCCCUGUGAGGCUGGUGUUAUUCCCAUUUUACAGGUGAGGAAACUGAGGCUUUGAGCAGUCAAUUACACAGUACGUGGUGUAGCUGGGAUAUAACUCAUGUCAUCUGGUUCCACGGACAGGGCUUUUCCUUCUGCAUCAGGCUGCUCUUUAUUGUAUUGAGACUUUCAAAUAGGUGGCGUUUCUGAUGAUUAAAUCAAGAUGUAAAGUAGAUUGGAAGCUGGAAACCUUUCUGGCUAGUUGAAAAUUAACAACAGUAAGCUAUUGUCUGACAGAGAGUAGGUCAUUCUAGUUAAAUAUUCUAGUUUAUAGUAAGCUCCCAUGAAUCCUGCAUACAGUUGAUGGAUACCAAUGUGCAGAGAAUUAGAGUAGAAUAAAACGUGCCUAAUACUCUGUAUUGAUCCUGCCUUGUCCCUGGUGAUUUGCUGUCUCCUAAAACCAACUCGUAUAUGCAAAUUAGACAUUAGCUGGAAUGUAAAAGGUCAGGUUACUGAAGGCAUCUCUGAGAUGGAGUGGCUGAGGCAUUCCGUUCAGCAAGUAUUUAUUGAGCUGCUUCUACAUGGCAGAUGCAGUGCUGGGUGGGGAUGCAGAGUGGGCCAGUGGACUCUAGUGAACCCGGGGUGCCUGGAGAACUUCUCCUCAAGGAGAGGGCAGGUCUUGGCCAGGCCAGACACACAGGAGGCCAAGGUCAGGGACAGCUUGGGGUGGGAGAAAGAACCUAAGUUAACACAGAGUCCAAUUCAGGAUCCCACACUGCUUCACCAUCCUUUUUUGAGCCCUCCAUUUCCACAUUUUAUCAUAGAGAAGGUAUUCUGGUGGCUUUUAACAUUCCCAUUCAAGUGUCAGGAACCUGGUCAGAGAUGAAUCUUAUCUCUGAAAGAAGUUGGGCUUCCAAGCUGGCAAUUGGUCUCAGGGGAUUGAGACCAGCUCCUUGAUUGUUGACUGUGAUCUGGGAGGUUCUGCAUGCAUUGUUUAAUUUCAGUGUGCUCCCUCUCUCCUCUUACGGUUGAGGAAACUCAGCUAGCAAAGGUAGUGUGGGACCAGGAGCUAGAGAGACGAACUGGGACCUUCUGAACUUCGGGUCCAGGCACAUGAGGAAUUCCAUUUUCUAGGAUGGACAUAAUCUACCAGAGGACUUUGGGGACUGGAGGGAACAGGAAGACAAGGCACCCUACCCACCCCCCACCAACCUCGGGGUUUGUGGCAUGUUGGGGGAUGGGGGGAACCUGCGAUUUGUGGUCCUUCCCUCUCUCCGUAGGUAAGUGCCUGUUGACCGUAAUCCCAGGGCUCACCUUCCUUCCUUCAGACAAUGGUCCUGGGAAGCAGGGCCACCCUCUUCAUCUCUUCGCAGGGGCUGGAAUGCCGAGGGCAAUCCCCUGGCGUUGACAGGCUGGGAGUGUGGGGCAGCCAGCUGGCGUAGCUUCCCAGGCCUGGGCUCUUCUGACCAACUCUAAUAGAGACAAGAUCGGACCAGCUUUCCCCACAAAAGAGAGGCUUCCUCCAGGGAUAGUGAGCUGCUGUCUCUGCAGGAAUACAAGCGGACGCCGGGCCAUGGCUUGGCAGGGACGCUAGAGUGGAGAACAGAACAUUUGGUGAGGGGCAAGACUCAGCCUGCACGUUCCUCCUGACACUGAGUGCCUUCUCCAAAUGCAACUCUGACUUCCUAGGCCGAGGGGCCCAAGAAUAAGGUUAUUCAACGAUAGUUAUGACCUCCCGGUUACGUGCGUUCGGUGGAAGAAUUAAUAACAUACGCACCUCAGAAUUACCCAAAGAGAAAACUCGAGCCGAAGUCAUCUGCAGCGUCUGCUUUCUAGAUGGCUUGGUACAGACCUUUAAAGUUAAUAAACAAGAUACUGGUCAAGUCCUCCUGGAUAUGGCUUACAACUACUUGGGCGUGACGGAAAAGGAGUAUUUUGGUUUGCAGCACGGUGAUGACUCAGUGGACCCUCCUAGAUGGCUUGAAGCAAACAAACCCAUCAGGAAGCAGUUAAAAGGAGGUAUCCCCUGUACCCUGCAUUUUCGAGUAAGAUUUUUUAUACCUGAUCCCAACACACUGCAGCAAGAACAAACCAGGCAUUUGUAUUUCUUACAACUGAAGAUGGAUAUUUGUGAAGGAAGGUUAACCUGCCCUCUUAACUCAGCGGUGGUUCUAGCAUCCUAUGCAGUACAGUCUCAUUUUGGAGACCAUGAUUCUUCCAUUCAUCCUCCGGGCUAUCUUUCUGAUAGUCAGUUCAUACCGGAUCAGAAUGAGGACUUUUUAGCGAAGGUGGAGGCGCUCCAUGAGCAGCACAGUGGGCUGAAGCAGUCAGAAGCGGAAUCCUGCUUUAUCAACAUAGCCCGGACCCUCGACUUCUAUGGAGUGGAGCUGCACAGUGGUAGGGAUCUGCACAGUUUAGAUCUAAUGAUUGGAAUUGCUUCUGUGGGCAUCGCUGUGUACCGAAAAUAUAUUUGCACAAGUUUCUAUCCUUGGGUGAACAUUCUAAAAAUUUCUUUCAAAAGGAAGAAAUUCUUUAUACAUCAGCGACAAAAACAGACUGAAUCCAGGGAACACAUAGUGGCCUUCAACAUGUUAAAUUACCGAUCUUGCAAAAACUUAUGGAAAUCCUGUGUCGAGCACCAUACAUUCUUUCAGGCAAAGAAGCUACUACCUCAGGAAAAGAAUGUUCUGUCUCAGUACUGGACUCUGGGCUCUAGGAACGCCAAAAAGUCUGUAAAUAACCAGUAUUGCAAAAAAGUGAUCGGAGGGAUGGUCUGGAACCCGGCCAUGCAGAGAUCUUUAUCCGUGGAACAUUUAGAAACCAAGAGUCUACCGUCUCGGUCUCCUCCUAUUACUCCCAACUGGCGAAGUCCUCGACUCCGGCACGAAAUCCGAAAGCCGCGACACUCUUCCGCAGACAACCUUGUGAACGAAAUGACGUACAUCACUGAAACGGAAGACGUGUUUUACACCUACAAGGGCUCCAUGUCCCCUAAAGACAGCGAUUCUGAGAUUUCUCAGAACCGAAGCCCACACCGAGAAGAAAUGAACUCUGUCCUGGCUUUUGUUUCCGAUGACUACCGCAUUUACAGUUCUGAAGCGUCGGCUUCUGAGGGCGAGCACCCGUUUGUCUGCCGGAGUAUAUCCGAGAACAACCCAGCACAAAGCUGCCUGACCCAGAAGUCAUCCAGUUCUGUGUCUCCAUCUUCAAAUGCUCCAGGCUCCUGUUCCCCAGAUGGCGUCGAUCAGCAGUUCUUGGAGGACUUCCACAGGGUGACCAAAGGGGGCUCCGAGGACUCCAGCCAGUACUACUGUGACAAGAAUGAUGGUGACGGCUACUUAGUCUUGAUCCGCAUCACACCAGAUGAAGAUGGAAAAUUUGGAUUUAAUCUAAAGGGAGGAGUGGAUCAAAAGAUGCCUCUUGUGGUAUCAAGGAUAAACCCAGAGUCACCUGCGGACACCUGCAUUCCUAAGCUGAACGAAGGGGAUCAAAUUGUGCUAAUCAACGGCCGGGACAUCUCAGAACACACCCAUGACCAAGUGGUGAUGUUCAUCAAAGCCAGCCGGGAGUCGCACACACGGGAGCUGGCCCUGGUGAUCAGGAGGAAAGCUGUCCACUCGUUUGCUGACAUCAAAUCUGAAGAUGAACUGAACCAGCUUUUCCCAGAGGCCAUUUUCCCCGUGUGUCCGGAGGGUGGAGGCACGCUGGAGGGAUCCAUGGAACAGCUAAAGAAGGGCCUCGAAAGCGGGACGGUGCUGAUCCAGUUUGAGCAACUCUACAGAAAGAAGCCCGGUUUGGCCAUCACAUUUGCAAAGCUGCCUCAAAAUUUGGACAAAAACCGAUAUAAAGAUGUAUUGCCUUAUGACACCACCCGGGUAUUAUUGCAGAGAAACGAAGAUUAUAUUAAUGCGAGUUACGUGAACAUGGAAAUUCCUGCUGCUAACCUUGUGAACAAGUACAUUGCCGCUCAGGGACCCCUGCCACAUACCUGUGCACAAUUUUGGCAGGUAGUCUGGGAUCAGAAGUUGUCGCUCAUCGUCAUGUUGACCACUCUCACAGAGCGAGGGCGGACCAAAUGCCACCAGUACUGGCCCUAUCCUCCCGAGGUCAUGGAACACGGCAGCUUUCACAUCCGCUGUCAGUCGGAGGACUGCACCAUCGCUUACGUGUUCCGUGAAAUGCUGGUCACGAACACCGAGACUGGAGAGGAGCACACCGUGACGCAUCUCCAGUACGUGGCAUGGCCAGACCACGGCGUUCCCGAUGACUCCUCAGACUUUCUGGAAUUUGUAAACUAUGUGAGGUCCCUGAGAGUGGAAGGGGAACCCGUCCUAGUUCACUGCAGUGCUGGGAUAGGUCGAACCGGUGUGUUGGUCACCAUGGAAACAUCCAUGUGCCUGAUCGAGAGGAACCUGCCCGUUUACCCACUGGAUAUUGUUCAGAAAAUGCGAGACCAGCGCGCCAUGAUGGUGCAGACAUCAAGCCAGUACAAGUUUGUGUGUGAAGCGAUCCUUCGUGUUUAUGAAGAAGGCUUAGUCCAAAUGCUGGAUCCCAGUUAAGAUGACUGUGAAGACGUUCAUUCCUCUUUCCCAAGGGCGUCCUCCUUCUCUCUGGAAACAGCAAGAGGAAUUUGUAGGCUGUGGGAAAGGAAUGAGCAUAUUUGAACCCAAGCACUUUAAAUUUCUAUUAAAAGAAAAAGGUAUCGUGUACAUAGGAACUGUGUAGAUAACGCAUGCGGUCAUAGCAUCAUUUAGGCCCGCAUCUCCUCCGGAGAGAUAAGCAGAAGGGGAUCUCAGUUUGGGGCCUGUCCUAAUGCCUCCCUCCUUCUCCGUCUCCAUAUUCCUGUAAACCAUCCUUGGGCAAUUGAGAGGGGACGCCAGCAACCCUGUUGACCUCCCAGGAACGAGAUGGCGUGGCUGUUCAGAGUUGCUUGGAUGAGUUGUGUGUAUAUGUGUAAAGGACUAAGGGCUGAGCUUUCCGUGUGUCUGGGCGGAGCUGGAACAGUCAGCGUUCACCUGCCCUGAUGCUAACGAGAAACCCCAUGAAUGUACUGAACGGCAGGGGGUGGGGUGUCAGGCCUAGGGGCAAGCGGUGCCUUUUCUGCCCUCCCUUCCUUGGUCCCAUCUCCCUGCCACUUCCAAUAUUCACGUUUCUGAGACUCGUGUCCAAAUGCCCUGCCUUCUCCCUGCAUUAGUGACCCUCCUCGGGUUCACACCAGCGCCUGAACCGGGCAGUGCAGGUUUCGGGGGAGUUUUCAGUUGAGACUCUGAGAACAAGGACUCCCAGUGUUGUCCCACGUGUUCGAUUUGGAGCAGGUGCCUGUUGCCUCUGCUUUCCUCUUGCUGUACCCUCAGCACCCAGGACUGGAACCAUCCACUACUGAAUCUAAGACAUGGAUUGCUGCUACUUCGAGCUAUUACACUUGAAACGUUACAAUUUUCCUGAGGGGAGAUGGGAUGUCACUUAAAUAUUCAGAAUCUUUGGCCCUUCUGAGAAAAGGUCUAGUCGUUGAGCCAUGGGAAACCCAGCUUCUAGAGGGUUGCCUGUGGAGGUGUGUGUGUGUCUGUGUGUUGUGUGUGCUCCCACGGGUGAGUGUUUCUUGGGAUUCCUAACUUGAUUCAAAUUACAGUUGAGUUUAUAUAAAGAAUGAGUCUCUGUAUAGAAGAACAAAUGUGUGCAUUCACUCUUAGUUACAAUGGUCUUCGUUUCAUUUCAAAGGAGAGGAUCAGACUAUCUGAAUAUAAACACAAUUUGAUGUUAAUUUAUUCUCAGUACACCAUGAUUUUGAUUGUCCUAAAGAAUUCUGCCUUUGUUAAUACUAUGUUAAUUUUUUUUUAAAUUUGUGACAGGAUUGUAGCAAAUUAUUAUUUAAGGAAAAUAAAUUACGUAAACAUUCUAAAGUGGUAUUUUGAAAUAGUGGUUUUAUGUAUCCAGAAGAAACAGCUAAGUAUCCAAUUUCUUAACGGGAUUUAUAGAAAAAGGAUGGUUUCGUGUUAUAGUGCACUGAAAUGAGGCCGUUUUGAUGUUUAGCAAACUGGGCUAGUUGAGUAGUUUCCUGGUCACAAACUGGGUAAAAGACCUUUACUGUAGGGGCCAGGUUUCUAAAGGUUGUCUCCAGACCGAGCAAAUUUACCGCAUUCUUUACAUCUUUUCCCCACCGUUGUUCUACUGUUAAAUGGCCAGGGUGGAGGAAGGUGUUGUGCCGUGUCAUGAGCCAUACUGUGCAACAGGAGACACCGAAGCCCCAUCCUUGUCAGCGUAAUGCCAGGCUAGCAGAGUGUAGCAGCAGAGUCUGCGGCUAAGGGGUACGGGAUUUGGUUUCUGAUUCCACUCAACAGCUAGCCCUAGGCCUAGCCACUUAUGCGCUUUACCUCCAUCUUCUCAUCUGUAAAAUAGGAGAAAUAAAUAAUACUGAGGACUUUGGGUCGGCUAUGAGGAUUGAAUAAGAUGAUGCUAUAGAAAUUUUCAUCAGCUGGAAUCUGACACUGCUCUGGAUGAAUUACUUUGAAAAGUUAACUUAUCAGUGACUAGCCCCCAAAUCCAUGAAACAGAAGUAGAAGCAGCUGGGUUUUUGUAAGAGAAAAUCGCUUUUCUUCUCAAGAGCACCAAGGGCACAAAGGAGUAUCAUACAAGUACUUCUGGACUCAGAAAAUUUGAUCAGCCAGGCACCAAAAGAGAGGGAAAGCUGAAGUGAAUUUAAAUGCCGUCAGGAUACUGAGCAAAGCAUGGCCAUUUGAUAAAAAGGCAUCCUCACCCUGUGUGUAAAAGGCUUGUGAAGUCUAAAUGAGUUUGGAGAUUUAUGUUUUAUUCUUUUUUUAAGAGACAAAUUUUUUCAUAUGGUUGAGGAAGUGCUGCCGUUCUUUUACAUCAAUUUCCAAAAAGUUUACCGAAGGUUGCAACCAGCCUUUUUCUGCCACUGUGCGGGCCAGUAGUUCAGACUCAGCAGAUGUUACCAGGAACAAAGUCCAUGAAAUCCUGGGGAAGAACAAGACAAGAGAGUUAUCGAAAGGAGUAAAAUAUGCAAGUGGAUACUACGGAUGCUACCAAUUAAUUUAUGGAGUUCAAGAUUCCUGCUUCAUUACCUUACACACUUAAGCAAUUAUACCUGAGAAGCCCGUUUUAGCCCAAAGUGAAGAAUGUCAUCAAAAUCAGGAAAAACAUUUUGCCUGGGAAAUUGGGGUAUGAACGGAGAAGACAUUUACAUCCUGUGUUCUGGCACUCUCGGAAGAUCUAAUUAGACUCGUCGAUGUGCAGACAUAAAAUGGGAAAUCCCUCCUGGUGUCACUCCAUAGAACCUGCACUAGGUGUUUUGAUUUUCCAGAACGAGAGAUCCAACUCAGUUUGGUUGGGGGAGAAGCGGGGAGGGUUGGAUCACAAACUUGGGCUGGUCUUUAGUUCCUACCACAGUAACUUAUACUUCAGUUUGCUUUGAGAUUAGCAUAGAUGCUGUCGCUGCCAAGUUGCUGGUUGAUGUUUCUUGUUCCUCGUAGAAGUUACCGUAGAACCGGAGGCAACGAAGAGGCAGCAUCAAUGGGAAAGGGUGGGCAGAGGCAGGAUGUGGGUCUAGGUUAGACUUAGACAAGAUGUGUCGCCCUCAGCCCUCACUUUCCUUCUAAGUAAAAGGGGGAGUUUGGGCUCGAGGGGAUGAGCUCUGGUCUUUUUCAACAUCUGCCGUUCUGGGAGUCUAUUCCAGAGAGUCAAGGUUAAUCCUAAACCAAAACCUCCAGUAAGCUACUGGAGAGAGAUGUAUCACGCUUCUGGAACUUGUCUCCAAGAGCUGGUCCCUCAGACCUUGGCAAAGACUCUGACCUCAGCCUGGGAAGCCAAGCAGGGAGGGAGUCCAAUGGCCGGGCUGUCCGGCAUCUCUAUAACUCACGUUCCCUCUAGAGCAACCAAGGGAUUUGUGUUGUCAUGUAGUUUUGAAAAGUAUCUUAAUUGAUUAGCAAUAUUUUGUCUGUAAAGUUGGAGUGUUUUUCAUUCUGACCUGUUCUUUCAGUGACUCUACUGAAAAACAAUUUGAUCAAUAUAAAAACAUUCAAGCUAUGCAACACUG